UUUUCAUUCCUUUAGUAAGAAAAUAAAAAGAAAAAGUUGAUUUUUUUUGUUUGAAACAGCCAAAACCCAGAUAAUCCCAAAAGCUCUCUCUGUUUAUCUGUCCUUAGAUCCCAUCUGUUCCAUCUCUAAGUUUCGUUUUUUGCUUUGUGGGGUCCAUGAGAGUGAAUUUCUGUUUCUGGGUCGUCCUUGUUUUCCCAUUAUAACGGCGUAUCCGAGAUGAGAUGAUCAAUUUGUUCUUUUCUUAAACCUUUUUCCUUUUUUUUUUCUUUUUCUUCUGCAACUGUUUGAAAGGUAGGGCUUUUUUCUCUUCUUUUUAUUGGUCGGCUUGGAAGCUCUUUAAGUGAAGAAGAAGAUGCAAUCGAGUGGGUCCCAAUCCGCUACUCCGACAACCCACCGGAUUCCGUCUUUAAUGGCAGCCACUGACACGCGUGGGAAGCACAGGAUACAGGCCGAGCUCCAGCGGCUCGAGCAAGAAGCUAGAUUCUUAGAGGAAGAGCUUGAACAGCUAGAAAGAAUGGAAAAAGCCUCAGCUGCGUGCAAUGAAUUGCUUAAUGUAGAAAGAAGACCUGAUCCACUACUCCCAGCAACUUACGGCCCGAUCAAUCCAUUAUGGGAUCGAUGGUUCGAAGGCCCCCAAGAUUCAAAAGGCUGCAGAUGCUGGAUCCUGUGACGAUUAUUGCUAAUUUCAAGGCUUUCAUCUUUAUUUGUUUCACAGAGGCUUCAUCCCCAAUUCACAUAUGUUUCAGUCUUAGAUCCUUACUGUUCAUUGUUAACUUUUUCAUGAAAUGUUUUCAUUGUGCAGUUGUCAGUUUAUAGCAAUACUUUCUCAUUAGUGGGCGGUUAUGAAAUUGAAGUGCGUUUGCGGAGAGCGUAA